UUAUAAAGGCGAGCGAAGUGUUAGGUGAGAAAUAACAUUCCUCGCAAAAACAAUUUGAUUUUUACCAUUUUAGGACGUAAACUAGUUCAUGAAAGUGUGGCUUCAAACUCAUCAGAGUUUUCAAUUGAUUCACAGGAGUACCGUGAUUGAAAUCGGGUAAACGAGCAGCACUAGCAGUGCUGCAAAUCAUUCUUUUACGAAAAUCGAUUGAUUCGUAAAGCAAUCCGAUAAAAUGGCCAACGUUUGCGAGCCAUUAACACUGGCCAAAGAUGUUAAGCGUUCGAUUGAGCUUCUGGAGAAGCUGCAGAUGAGUGGGGAGGUCCCUGCCACCAAACUGGCCGCCCUCCAGAAGGUCUUGCAGAGCGACUUCCUGAAUGCCGUUCGGGAAGUGUACGAACAUGUCUACGAAACCGUCGACAUACAGGGAUCGCUCGAUGUGCGAGCAUCUGCCACUGCCAAAGCCACCAUCGCGGCGUUCGCUGCCAGCGAGGGACAUGCCCAUCCGAGGGUCGUGGAGCUGCCCAAAACAGAUGAGGGUCUGGGAUUCAACGUCAUGGGCGGAAAGGAGCAAAACUCGCCCAUCUAUAUUUCCCGCAUCAUUCCCGGAGGCGUUGCCGACCGCCAUGGUGGAUUGAAACGGGGCGAUCAGCUGCUCUCGGUCAACGGCGUAUCCGUUGAGGGCGAAAACCACGAGAAGGCCGUGGAGCUGCUGAAACAGGCCAUUGGCUCCGUCAAGCUGGUCGUUCGCUACACACCAAAGGUGCUGGAGGAGAUGGAGUUGCGCUUCGAUAAGCAACGGGCUGCCAGAAGGCGCCAACAGUACUAAAAGAAGGACGUUAUCGCGCACUCUAGUUGCCAUACAUCAAUAAUUAUCUCUUACUCGAAUUAGAAAGCGGUAUUCAGCAGAAACCAAGUUCAUACCAAGAUUGUCGCGAUUCGUCGCUUUCAUUCGGAAUUUCUCAUAUUUUCAUCAAUAAUGGAUAUCGUUUUAUGUUUUCCAUUGAAGCUAGAUUUAAUCUGACGCUCGUUUUUGUUUUUUUCCAUUCAUGUAGAAAUGAUGCAUUAUUUACAUUUUACGUUUACUUUAAUCGUGUUAAACUGUCGGUUCCCACUAAUGAUUAUCCAUAAAAUAAAAAGUAUAUGUCGCAUUGAUGGGUA